CCCUAUUAGCGCCAUUGCUAUUUUCGGCAUGUUCAUUUAUGUCCUUUUUGUUACGGAUUUCUUGGACCGCUUUUCCUUCACACAGUUGAACCCUACUACGUGGGCUAUUUUCCAUCACCAAGUGUCUUCUGAAUUUGAAAUUGACCGGCCCGUCGGUGAGCGGAGGGACUGUCCUUUCAUGCCUGCGGCAAAAUUUUGAGGAAAUCGGCAAAAAAGGGGGGAAAAUUGUGGGUUGAAAAAAGCCUAUGCUAGCGGUUUAACAACAAGGAGGAACGUACAACGUGCACGAGAAGUGGAUUUUUUUGUCACAGAACGGAGCUCCGUGGCCAAGAUUGGUGUUGGAAAUUUAAACUGAUGCGCCACUUGGCAUACAGGAAAUUCAUUAACAGAUGACCUAACAGAACUCAUUCUCCUAAAGGUGCUGGAGCUGGAGAGUACAUGGGGCAACAUUAUGGCAAAAUUCCUGGAUAAAGACCCGUUUAGUUACGAGCAGGAGCGUACGGCGUUUGUCAACCAGCUUCGCCAGUUUCAUGCAUCGAAAGGAACACCAUUCUAUCGUUUGCCGACAAUUGCUGGCAAAGAAUUGGAUUUAUAUCUGCUGUACAGCAAAGUCACUGCUUGGGGAGGUUUGACGAAGGUCACUGACCAGGGAAAAUGGGAGAACCUACAGGAAUACUUCAGAAUCCCAGCCUCCUGUGGCCAUGCUGCCUUUGCCUUGCGCCAGUUCUAUGUCAAAUAUUUGGAGUCCUACGAACGUAUCCACCAUCAGGGGGAGGAUGCAGAGGAGGUGUUACGGUCUCGGCCAGCAACACCCUCCAACCAGCCCCAGAAGAGAAAUAUAGAUACGAGGAAAGGCCUAGAGAUCCCUGAGCAAGUGCGUGUCAGUGCAGGUCUGUCCACCCAGAAACCCCGUCUCUCCGACUACGACAAGAUCAUGUUCUCGCUGCAGAGUGGCCUGCCCAACGAAGUUGACUUUGCCAUCAACGUCUGCACACUGCUGUCCAACGAGGGACGGCACGUACUCCACCUGGAGCGAGCUACCAAGUUGAUUGAUCUGCUCUUGGCUCACUGUGGUGUGUUUUAUGAAGGACCAGGGGGCUUUCGGUCCCUGUACACAGAGGAUUGGAAACUGACCACAAAGCGUGACUUUGUGACAUUCUGGUAUGAUACUGUAACGGACAAUGACAUACGGGAGAUCAUAGGUCCAGACACGUUAAGAACGGAAGGUCACUGUAAGAUCAAAGAUGCUGAGCAAUUUACCUUGAGAAAGCUUGGGCUGAACGACAUAGAAGGACAGCGAAUACUGCAGGUUGCAGUGAUCUUGAGAAAUUUAUCCUUUGAGGACCACAACAAAAGAGUCAUGGCAGCCCACAGGACUUUUUACAGGUUCCUCUUGCUGUGUAUUCACAAUAGCUGCUCAGCACUCAGGCACAUCGGCAUGGACACCCUGAGCAAUAUAGCUGAGGAGUUCAUACUUGAUCCCAUUGACUAUCGGAGUACACAGCUGAUGUUCCACACCAUAGAUAAAGCCAUGAAGAACCAAGACAAGUUUAUUAUACUACGAGCCAUGGAAGUGGUGGAGAAGCUGUCCCAGGUGGACAGCAACGUUGACAUCAUCCGGCAGUGCAUGGAGGUGCGGGUGUACCGGUCCAUCGUCCGCCUCCUGACCAUCCACGAUGUGCAGCUCCUACUGGGGGCCCUGGAGGUUCUCCUGGCCCUGUCGGAGAGAGGGGAGGUGUUCUGCGCCCGGAUUGCCACCAUGGAGAAGAGUGUCGAUGUCCUAGUGUGCCUGGUGACUCUGGAUGCGCAGUCCCUGGGCGCCGAGGCCUUUGUCGGCAUUAAGAUUGUCGAUCAUGCCCCAGAUGGCAUCCAGCAUCCCAUUGUGAGCAUGGCCAGGAAUCAGCCUGUGUCUCAGCCUACGCCGCCGCCCCCUAAUGCAGUUUCUGCUGCCACUCCCCCUCCCCCUUCCAUGAGGCCGCCGCAGCAGCAGUCCACCCCUACACCUCCCCCUGCUCCUGUCCAGCCCGCUAAUCGAGAUGCCGAGAAUGAGAAGUUCACCUGCCAGUGGUUGCAUUCAUUCUACGAGGCUGACAGUGAAGGGUCAGUGUCCAGACUAGACCUGUACAGUGACUACCUAUCUGCUUGCAGCAAAGCCUCUAGGGUCAACAUGGUCACCUCCACAAACUUUGCAACGUGUAUCAAGAUGGUGUUUCCAGCAGUAUCAUCUCAGCGGGUGGAUUCAGAGAGUGGCGCCCAAGUGUACAUCAUGGGUAUCCGCAAACGGGUCCUGCCACUCCCCUUCAACUGGCAGCUCUACCAGCACCCGGCCAAACCCUCGCCCACUUACCAACCCCAGCUGGCAGGGCCCCAGUCCAACCUGGCCUCCAGCAUCAUGCAGCGGAUGGCCCAGCGGCUGUCCCCAUCCCACGGGUCUUCCUCCUCCAGCAGCCCCCAGCAGCGGCUGUUUGCCCAGGGGAUGAGCAGCCCCGGCAGCAGCGUGAUGCCCCCUCAGAUGUGCCGUGCCGGAAUGAUACCGGGCCCUUCCAGCGGCAACAUGGGAAGCACCUCCCAGCUUCAGCAGUUGAUCCUCGGGCAUGGACUGCGUCAACAGAGCCCCAGAAUGCAGGGACAACCUGGCAAUGCAGCCUCUGUCGGAGUGCCUCCUGGUCUUCAAGCCACCCAGCAACAGCAGCAGCAAGUUGUGCAAGCCAAAGUCAGUGUACCACUUGGGACACAGCAACUGGUCCAAUCAACAAACUCGUUACCUACAAACUGUGCUGCAGUUGCUGUUCAAGGUGCGCAGCAAAAGACAAACUCUGUUGAUGACUCAGAUUUGCUUUCUCCUCAAGGGAGCCUGGUCAACCAGGCUGGUAUCCCAAGUGCUUUUCUUCAAAAUCCGUUACCACAGCACAGCCAGGCGAUUGCUAAUAAUGAUCCUAGUAAGAGCCCAGGUCGAAGUCCUGCCUCCCCCGGUAGAGCACCACCACCUUACCGACCGCGUAGUCCGGCCGGCAGUGGAGCCAAAGCCAGUGUUCCUUCUUCCAACGUCUCAAAUUCCAGAAUCCCAGAAGCUCCCUCCUCUUCAGGCUCCCCCAAACUGCCCAAAUCCUCAGAGGGUGUACCCAGCGAGUUGCUCCAAGAAGGGGAGGUCAAAAUAGAAAAAAUCCCCAACAUCCAUGCGCAGCUGCCUUUAGACACAAACCAAGUGCCCGCUGCAUUCCCGCAACAGGGAGCAGAGAACUUCCAAGCCAAUUCUAUUCCCUUACUACAAACCAAGGCCACACUUGCAGUGUCCACCUUUGAAGCAAGUAAUGCAAACCAGCAGUCCAUGUCAGAGACAAAGCCACAGGAGGCCGUCACAGAUGCAAGUACUGCCCAAGUUGCUGGCAAUCCUGCAAUGACAAGCAGCCAGCAGGUUGUCAACAUUCCUAACCAGCAGGUGUACAUCACACAACAACAACUGCAGAAUCCAGGCGGAAUUCCUGUGAAUCCCCAAGGCAUUCAAAUCAGUGCCCAGGGAAUCCAAAUCAAUCCGCAGGGAAUCAACCAUUCCCAGGCAAACGUUGCCCGGCACCAGCAGCAGUUUGUGACACAGGGACCUCAGCAAAGCAUCCAGAUGCAAAUUCCAUCAACUCAGGUUGGAGUGCAGCAGUGGAUCCAGGCUCAGCCCCAGGUUGGCCAACCCAACGCACAGGGCAUCGUGAACAUCAACGCACAGGGCAUUGUUGCAACAAAUGGUCUAAAAAGCCAGCCAAACAUGCAGAUUGUGCAACAGGGAGUUCUGCCAGGCACACACGGAAUUAAGAUUGGUGCUCUCCCAGUACAGACCAGUACCAUUCCUGUUCAGGCAGGCUUCCAGAUCAAGCAAUCUGAUGGCCAAGGAAUGCAACAGAUCUUACCCAAGACUGUCUCUGCCACUCAACAGGUGAUUGUUGGUGGCAGCGCUGGUGCAAAUGGGAGCCAGAUGUAUUCGGCAUAUGCUGUGGUGCAGAACAUUCAGCGCAGUGUACCAACUGUUCUUGGCCAAGUCACAUCAACCAAUCCUGGCCAGACAGGGCAGUGUGGUGUAUCAGGUGGAUCUCAGCCGACUUCAAGCAGUUCUGGAGCAUAUAUUCCAAUACAGCCAAAAUUGCCUGGACAUCAACAACAACAGCAACAACAACAGCAGCAGCAGCAGCCAUCACAUGCAGUCGUUCAGCAACAGCAUAUUGUCCAACAACACAUGGCCCAGCAGCCUCAGCCGCAACAGCAGUUCAUUCUCACUACCAUACAAGGAACCUUGCCGCAGCAGUCAUUUGCAGUUACAACCGUUGCCAGCGCACAGCACGUCCAACGGCAGCCAAGCUUAACAGUUGGUGUGGCGACUCAUCCUGCUUCCCAGCCUUCAGUGACAGCCUGUUCCCAGAGCCAGUCUGUCAGCCACGUUGCUGCUCGGAUACAGACCCAAGGACAGCAGUUGGCAUCAGCGCACAUAGACUCUCCUUUAAUCAAGCAACUCCUGCAGUCUGGGUCCUCAGUCCACCCACCCGGCUCCAACUCGAUGCCUCAGCCCCAGGUGGUGAACAGCACUCAGAGCACAGUCCAGUGGGUCAUCCCUCAGAAUCCAAGCAGUGGGGUGGCACCAGGGUAUGGAAAUGCUGUGCAUGGGUUCGUCAGUAUUCAGGGACCAGUGUCGCAGCAGGGUGUGCUGCAGCCGAGCUCGGUGAAUCCAGCAUUUACUCAGGUGGGCCAGCCUGCCAUUCAGCAACCCACAAUGCACUUCAUUCCCCCAGUAUGUACAAGUCCAAGCCCAGCGCCCAGCCCAGCAUUAAGUUGCAGUUCCUCUUCAAGUCCCAAUUCCACUUCCAAGUCAUAUCCAAUGUCCCCAUCCCCAUCCUCUCAGCAUAAAUCUGAGAAAAAAUCCAAGUCAAAAUCACACAAGUCAAAGAAAUCCUCAAAGAAGAAAAAGUCCAAAUCUGGAAGUAAAAGUCCCCCAAUUAUAUGCUCAAAGGCCGAGCAUGGCACAGAUAUUUUAAAAGUACAGGACAAAGAAACCAGCAUCAGGUUGAUAGAGAACACUUCUUUCAGUGAGGAUACCAGCAAUCAGUCCUCAGAAAAGUCUGAAGACUCAAGUGAAAAUUCAAAAACUUGCAAUAGCUCUGAAUCAACGGAACCAAAAAUAGAAACAGUAACAAACAGUUUGAAUGAAUGUGAAGUUGGGCAAAGUAAUACCAAGCCUACGUGUAAUGGGUCAGCUACUGGUGAAGGUAAUGAAAUUCCUGAAACAAACAACAUUCAAAGACUCAAAUCCAAGUUGGAGGAGGCAUCACUGAAGCAGACCCUGCUGAAUGGGUUUGGAAACGGAGAGGAUCUGGACAAAACACACCAUGAUGUCUUGAUCCAUCAGGCAGAAAUCCUCCUGGAAAACUCAGGAAAGGACCUUGAUAGGGUCCUCAAAAGCCCCAAAAUGCGGCGAAAAAGUGAAGAGUUGGGGCUGAAAGAUCGGACUCGUAGAUUGAGUGUGGAGCUGGAUGCUAAUAUGGAGUCUGUUGAGAAACAAUCCAUCAAUCACAUUGUGAAUGGUGGUAUUUCUGAGCACUGUGACAAAAUGGAAACAGAAAUAAGUGCAGAGGAUACCGAGUCGAAGGAACACAAGAGCAAGGAUGACUCAAACUCAUCUUGCGCUCAUGGAGAGAGCAAAAUCUCAUCAGUCGACGUAACAAGCUGUGACAAACUAAUGGACCAUAACAACUCUAAAAAGGAUGGAGAUUCAGAGUCGGACAGUGGCAUUGUCUUAAAUGAGCGAACAGGGUUUAUGUAUGAUGGCACAGGUGCUAUCAUUCCUCCUGCCAUUGGAAACAUGGACUCUAAUAAAGUGGCCAGUCCAGUUGCUUUCUGCCGGGACAUCCGACAACACCUUCCCGCAGAUAUACCCAGGUCUGGUCUUGCCAUGGUGACAUCUGGAAGUAAUGCCAACAACAGCAGCAAUUUCAGUGUUUCCAGUGGUCCGAGCAUUGAAGAAAAUGUCGUCAUCAAACCUCAGGAGGACAUGGGGGACAUGGUCUGCUCCACUGUACCAAAGUCUCAAACACAAGAAGGUGACUCAAGUGGCCAAUCUAGCACACCCAGAAAACCAGACAGUUUGGCCAUCAGUGAAGUGAACCCUGAAAUCUCAAGACCAGCCCCAAAUGUCCCAGUUACACAAGUGCAGGUGUCGCAAAGCAAACCACAGUCACCAGUACCAACCUCAGUAAGUGCCCCCAGCUUAAACUCCCCCUUAGCAAUAUCUCCACCACCCACACAGCCGACGCCAUCGUCCGAAACCAAAUCGGAAAAAAGUUCCAGCUCCAAAUCCAGCUCCAAGAAGUCAUCCGAGAAGCGGUCGCGGCACAGCUCCAGAGAGUCCAGCUCCAGCAAGAAGAGGAGACGGUCCUCAUCCUCGUCCAGCGGCUCACACCACAAGAAGUCCUCAUCGUCCGGUGACAAGUCCAAGCAUCAUCACCAUCACCAUCAUCAGCAAUCACAGCAGCAGUCGCAGCAGACAGCGCCGCAGCAGCCGGCGGAGGCAGAGAUAAGCAUUUGUUGCUGGAGAGGUUGCAAAAGGAAUUUCAAAACCAGGAAAUCCCUGCACGUCCAUGCCAGCACAGUCCAUGUCAUGGGUUCAGCCUACCGAGGUAUGUGUGAGUGGGAGAACUGCGACAACAUCCAGCGGCAGAGGUGGUCUUGUGUCAGUCACAUGUUGGAGAAGCACUGCACGGAACAGGCGCUGCGGGCAGCGGCUGAGAAACGCCAGCAGGCUUCCACAGCGUCUAGCACCACCACUCCCACCGCACAGCUCCCUACUCCUAUCCUCUACAACGCUCACACUGCCUACCAUGCCAUCCGGAGGAGUCUUCACUCUCCGUCUCUCAAGGAUCUUCUGGGCGAAAGUGAAGGACCAGUGACCAAGAGUAUCCGCAUCACUGCUGCCCUGGUGCUGAAGAAUUUGGCAGCCCACUCGGCCGUUGCAAGGAGCGCCCUCCGUAGACAUGAGAUCCAUCUUGCUAGGUUAGCCAUCAGUAAUGCUGAGGCCUCCACCACUCUGGCCAAGUGUUUGGGUGAGCUGAAUGAUGUCCGGCAUCUGGUGCUCGACUCUGACGACGAAAGUGACUCUUGACCUCAGGUCAGUGGAGCCAGUACCUCUGCAAAACCUCACCGGACUCAGUCUGUCAUCUCCAACCCAUUCGCUUUUGCAGCCGAGUGCUUUCCUCGUGGAUUCACGUUGUCAUGACCUCGGGUAACCAAAGGGGGCCAUUCUACCCUAGUCAGGCUUAUUGUCUGGUUGGGGUCAAAGUCCCCACUUCACAACCAGCUCUUGUCCGUGACCAAGAGAAGCUAUGGAGGCAUGUUUUAUAUUGUAAAUUUGAGCAGUGCCACUGUUUCAAGGAAUGAAUGGGUUCAUCUUUAAAAGGCUGUUUACGAGGAAAGGCCUGCCCAAUGUGUACUCGUAAGGCCGGAGAGGAGCCUGUUUUACCACAGGCUGUCUCAUUGGGACAAGGUUCAAAAGAAUCAAGGUGGUAACAGGCAGGAGGGGAAUUGGAAUGGGCUGACUCAUAGAUAAGCUGCAUGUUUCCAGGUGGAGGUACUGCCAUCACCGUCUCGUGCUCAGAUGUUUUCAACAGAGAUCGCUGUGGAUUUUUCCUGUAUUCUUGUCUGAAGAUUUGCUGGAAGAAGACAGCACCAAAUGAUGCCAUUCAUCUGUUGUUCACUCACCACUGCAUGGCAGCAGGCAAGCUGGUGUGCUCGAGAUGCAUUGUGGCUCUGUUGAUCAACUGGCUGUGAGUGCCGUUUGAUCUCCUGUCACAUUGAAACAUGUGACCGUGUGAUGCAUACAUUUGGGUGUGCCCGAUGCUAUGUUGAAAUAGCUCAUACACAAGAGGCUGAUCCUAGAAAGGUUUCUCUCCUUUUCUCAAAAGUGUUCCAUCAGCAGCAGAGUUGGAAAGAUCGGAAAAUUCAGUAGUUUUGUUUUUUGUUUAUUUUGAGUUAAAAACCAGUGUCAGUGCGUGCACAACUUUUUAAUUGCACUUUUGUUUUUGUCCAAUGGACUUUUUUACUCUCUUCAGUACAAGAAGUGAAUGCAAACAAAAAUGAAUUUGAUCAUGUGAUCCAGGGCAUUGCCUUCAUGGUAGAAGCUGGUCGGUGGUUUGGAUGUGUCUAGUCUUAAAUCCCUAUGCAAAUUCAGAAUAGCAAAUUUUACAUUUGUUUCCCCCCCUCCCCCAAGUUGAAGCUUUCUGUUGAAGUGAUAUAUGGUGUUGCACGUGUUUUCUGGAGUGGUUGCAUUCUUGCAUGCACUGGCCAUCUAAUGUUGUACUGUGUUUUGGCUUCUUUCAAAGCUCUUUCUGAGUGUCUCUAAGUAAUGGCAUUAUCGUCAAACUAGCGCUUUCUGCAGAUUAUGCCCCCAAGAGGAAUUUCGCUCAGGAGCAAUUGCCGUUACGGAGAGGUUUCAUUGGGGAAUAUCCCAGCAAAAACAAGAACCAAAAAUAUCCAGCGAGUGCGCAACUGAGCCCCUGAAGUUUAGUCGCAGCAGAAAGUUGCCUGACGAUUGCUUACAGUCUUUCAGUCACAACUGUGUCAGCACAGAGAUGGAAAUCAGUUUCUCUAUGUCAAAAAAUUCGUUUGUUUUUUUUUUGGCCCCCUUUGUUUAUGACAUAUUCUGUGGAAGGUGUUUUUUGGUUUAUGUGUUGAGAUUUAUAUAUUUCACAGGAAGCGGCGUAUUUGCUCAAUUGUAUGUAACAAAUAUGCAGAAUCAGAGAGGUGAAAACAAUUGGCAUUGCCGCGUAACCUUGAAUAUGCAUUCAGCAGCUGUGUUGGUUCGCGUUAAUUUUUUACUCAAAGCCCCCUUUUCUACACACUUAAAGGUCUUCUCUCAUGUGCAGGUCUUGCAAUGCUUCUCUGUUGAUUUCUGAUAUUUGUUCAGUGGUGAAGAUGUUCCAUCGCAGUCUGGUCUCUCAUUUUGAGAGGUGUGCAUCUAUGCUUUGCCUCUUUGCCUUGUUUCAGAUAGUCGCCUAUCCUGAAACCCACUUUCUGUUGUGAGUUUUCUUGCUCACGACCCUUGUGUGGCCUUUUUCUGGACUAAUACACUUAGUCGGUUGCCUUCAAGGUGAAACUUGCCAUAGCAACCUUGUAGAAAGGAUAACUGUGUUUGAUGGUUGUAAAUAAAUACCCCUUUUGUACUCCCUUGUGCAUAUCAUGUACUCUAACACUGGCACAGGUUAUUUUCUAAUUCAGAUGCCCACUUUAAACCUUCAGAUCAUUUUGCUGCAUGCAUCCGAUAAAGAGUCGUCGCGCAUGACAGGUGUCACCAAGAGUACAUAUGUCCCAUAUUGACGAGUUACAGUAAAGCCAGGUCUCCUGAUAAAGAAGGAAGGAGCACAGUGUCCCUCACAAGUUUCUUGUACUUGCGUUUGGAUCUCGGCUUCAUAUCCAGUUCACUUAUCAGCCAUGUGAUUUUUGUUGGGGGUGGGGCAGACUGUCAAGAAGUGCUUCCCAUCGCGUCACUCAUCAGAACAGCUCACUUGUAUUCUCCCAUUCCUAGGCCCACCAAAGAGUUUGCAGUAGUUGGGGUCUCACUAUAUUGAACAACUAUCACACCCUCGGUUUGGACCAGAAGAUACAUGACUACUGCCAGUAAUAAAUGAGGGCAUUGUUGGUUAAAGUGACUAAAUGUGGUCUAGCCAUCGGUGUAAAUAUACUAUCCAUAUAUGUUAGUAUCCAAAUGAGUCCAAAGUAUAUUUGUGUAAUACUGAAAUCUAAUGAAAAUCAGUCAGUUGAAAUGCUCGUGCUUGACCAUUCAAAUUAGGUAUUUUGUUGCCAUCUCCAAUUCUAAAGAAUUCUGUUUAAACGGUCUCCCUCCAACACUGAAGGGAAAAGUGCUCAGACCACAACGAUGCUCAAAGGAUUUAAACCCUUGUCAAAAAAUGUCACAUCUUUGCCAAAGCAUUUUUAAUACCAUCAAAAGAGGGUACCCCAGAAUAUUGAAGUCUAAACUGUUGGUUAAAAAACUCGUCCACAGUACUUGUGAUUUGAUAGCAAAAAAAAGGAGAAAACUCAGGACUGUUGUUUUAUGUUUUAUAUAGUGUAUAGUUAAAUUAUUGUUAGAGUGUAAUGAGAGUAUAAUGUAUGUGUUAAGUCCUUCAGUCUGCAUGUACAGCUUUUUGCGGGAAAUAUAAUUUGCUGCUGGCACAAAAUGGAAAACCUUGAAACUUGUGGACAAGUUUAAGAUGCACGGACGGGUUAAAGAUAUGGACGCCCGCGGGCGAGAUUGAAUGUUCGAAAAAAUAGUCUGCAUGUCUAUUGAUCGUUGGAGGUUAUUUGUGUCUGUUAAAUAUAUGGAGGGCAGACGCGGUCAGAGCUAGAGAUCCAAACCGUCUUUGAUCCGUUCCACAGGAAUCUUUUGGAUGAGGGCAGUUUUAAGCCCCGGUAAAAGGAAAUUUUGGCUGCCUCUCAAAUUCCGGGAAGAUUUUUUUUUUUCUGCUGGAGCAUACUGGCUUAUUUCUUCGGUGGAGUUAAGAAUUGGAAGCCUCGAUGUCUGCUUCGGAAGUGUCAGUCAGUCUUUAAUGCAAUUCAUGGAAAAAGGUUCAAACGUGUCCGUAUUUCGUCUGACCUAAUUCAUUUGUAACUGAGGGGAAAUGUUAACACUGAAACGACGUGAACUGUCAUGUAGUUAAAAAUGUUGUACAUUGUAUACAUAAGAAAGGAAGCGUUCGUUUAUCGUGAUUGUACGCGAGAAAGAGGUUUGCAGUUGCUCGUCUUCUUUUAAAGGAUUAUCCUUCCUAAAGCGGCGAGUCGGUGUAAUCAAAAGGCUCUUUCAUUAAAGACUUUUUUGCUAUAGUAAUUUUUGAAGGAAAAACAAGUACCUAUUUCCUAUUUCCUAUUUUUUAUGUAGACGAUUUCAAAUAAAAUAAAAUAAAAUAUCGGCUCGAGAAAGUGAUUGAAGAUAAUAGUGAUGUAAUAAUUAUUGAUUACAGAUAAUGAA